ACCCUCUGAUUAGUUUUAGUAAGUUCAUGUCGCGAUAUAUCCAUGCACCUGUCUCACCCUCUGAUUAGUUUUAGUAAGUUCAUGUCACGUUCGGUUCGAAUUUUAAUCUCAGCCUUGUAGAUAUUGCGGCCACAAGGAACAUAGUUAAUAUUCUCUUCAGUCCAACGUUAACGGAAGGAAAGGAGAGAGGAGAUGCAUUUUGAUGCUGUGCUGAAGAAGUGCGCGUCCCUCUCCCACGUCAAGCAGCUCCACUCCCACCUCCUCACCACCGGCCUCUUCCUCUCCAACCCCGCCGCCCGCGCCCGCAUCCUUGACCUCUGCGCCGCCUCCACCUUCGGCGACCUCCAUCUCGCCUCCCUCAUAUUCCAACACACCCCUUAUCCCUCCACCAACGACUUCAACGCCCUCAUCCGCGGCACUGCCCUCAGCCCCCACCCCCUCCGCUCCCUCCACUGGUAUGUCGCCGCCCUCCGGACCUCCCCCCGCGGGGUUGACGCGCUCUCCUGCUCCUUUGCCCUCAAGGCCUGCGCCCGUGCUCUUGCACGCGCCGAGGCCGCUCAGCUUCAUUCCCAUGCGCUGGGCUUCGGGUUCUACGCUGACGUGCUGCUGCUCACCACCCUGCUCGAUGGGUACGCGAAGAUGGGCGACCUGGACGCUGCGUGGAAGGUGUUCGAUGAAAUGCCGAGGCGAGAUAUCGCGUCCUGGAAUGCGCUGAUCACCGGGUUGGCCCAGGGGAGCCAACCCCAUGAAGCGGUGGCCCUGUUCAAGAGGAUGACAGAUGAAGGGUUGAAGCCCAAUGAAGUCUCCGUCCUCGGGGCCCUCUCUGCUUGCUCCCAGUUGGGUGCGGUAGGAGAGGGCGAGAGGGUCCAUGAGUACAUCAGGAACGAGAAUCUCGAUGCCCACGUCCAAGUCUGUAAUGUGGUCAUCGAUAUGUACUCGAAAUGCGGGUUUGUCGAUAGGGCAUUUGAGGUCUUCAAUUCUAUGCCAUGUAGGAAGGAACUGGUAACGUGGAACACAAUGAUAAUGGGGUUCGCUAUGCAGGGAGACGGGUAUAAGGCCAUCGAGCUUUUCAAGCAAAUGGGUCAGGGUGGAGCUAAACCCGAUGCAGUGUCAUACCUUGCCGUACUAUGUGCAUGUAACCAUGCGGGAUUAGUGGACGAGGGUCUUAGGCUGUUCUACUCUAUUUCUGACUCCGGACUUGUGCCAAACGUCAAGCAUUAUGGUACCAUAGUUGAUUUAUUAGGCCGAGCAGGGAGAAUUCAGGAAGCUUAUGAUAUCAUCGUCUCCAUGCCGAUGAUGCCUGAUACAGUUCUUUGGCAGAGCCUUCUGGGUGCAUGCAAGACUUACGGGAAUGUGGAGAUGGCAGAGAUUGCUUCUCGCUACUUGGUGGAAAUGGGUUCAAAGAGCUGUGGGGAUUUCGUGCUAUUGUCGAACAUUUAUGCAGCUCGUGCAAGGUGGAAUGAUGUAGGGAGGGUGAGGGAGGCAAUGAAGGACCAGGACGUGAAGAAGAUUCCUGGGUUCAGCUACAUUGAAGUGGGUGGCCUCAUACACAAGUUCAACAAUGGAGAUCAGAGGCACGAAAACUAUCGGGAAAUUUACAGGAAGCUCGAUGAGAUUAAGGCCAAGGUUGGGGAGUAUGGAUGUGUUGCUGGAACUGAUUUUGUCCUGCAUGACAUUGGACAAGAGGAGAAGGAGAACGCUAUAUAUUAUCAUAGCGAGAAAUUGGCUGUUGCUUUUGGUUUGAUAAGCGUUCCUGAGGGUAAUCCCAUCAGAGUGAUUAAGAACCUGAGGAUAUGUGGAGAUUGCCAUGCUGUGAUUAAGCUAGUCUCUAAGAUAUACAAUCGGGAAAUCAUUGUGAGGGACCGAACUCGGUUUCACAGAUUUAGUGCUGGUUCUUGUUCUUGCAGAGACUACUGGUGACAAAGUAUUCUUAUAGCAUAUACUUCCAUAACAAUAUUGGGGAGGUGAUAUGUAAACAUUUUCCUUAGGGAUCCAAGGAACAGGUGCAAUGAUCGGCAUUCGGCUUGAUUUUCCAUGCCCUAAUCAUGCCUUAAAAUUCCUGCUCAUAGCACCAAGGAGAUCAAAGUUCCUGCCUAUUUUUCCUCGAUGCGGAUCCUUCAAAUAACUAUUUCAGUACACAAUUAUUGUGUAUUGUCAAAGAUAAUUAUGGGUUCCCAAAAUGCAUCGAGCGAAUCCUUUCGACUCCAAGGGAUGGCUGCUACCCACAGAAUGCCGGGAAACUUGCACGAGGAAUACGGUUUCUUCAAGUACGUGCAGAUGAUUAAAUAGAAUGCUUGUCGGGAACCAACAGUAAAGCGGACCCCAUAUUGAUGAUCCAUUCAGCUGCAGUGCAAGGCUGGUAUCAGAAUAGAGGACAACGUGGGGACGGGGACAAAGUGCGCAUCGAGGGAUAUAUGACUUCUAUCAGCUAAGGUUCAAUAAGUGAUACUUUGAUUCAUGUGACGCGGAUCGAAUCUGUUCAGAUCUGAUAGAUCGCACGCAUUGGACAUUAUGGGCAAGCUCUCGUUCUCAUCAGCUGCCUGAAAAUGUAGCGAGCUCAUAAUACGUCAGGCUAUAACUAUUCAAUCAAUUGUCAAAUGAUAGUACAUCUGUAUGUUCCAUAAAUUUUGAGCAUCCAACUAUUUUAUUCGGCCUUCUACUUU